AUGACUACUCCUCCGACACAAUCAGAACCAUUUCCCUCCUACGUCCCGGAUGAGGACGACGUGCCCAUCGAGAGGCCGGGCAAUAGCACAAGGGAUACAAGUCGGAGACCCUCGAUCACCUCUCGUCUCUCCAAAGCCCCCUCCUCGGUUCGGUCUCGCACGCGCACAGGUUCUUUGAGACAGUCCUUCCUCGAGAGCAACCCUCCUCUUGGCAUGUGGCAGGCCACUGGUGAAAUUGGCUCCAAAAUCCCUACAUUGCCAGAGAUCAGAAAUGGCGCCUUUGCAGCCGAGGGAUGGACCCACGAAGGCCAGAUGGAACGUCGGGGGACGAACCCGCAUGAAAUCCACGCUCGAAGGGUGGCCAGGACAAGUUCUGCCAGUACGAGGACGAGAAAGAGCUCGCUCUCAGCGAAUGCACCGCCCUCCAUUGCAGAGGAACGACAUGAAUUCUUUCCCAAGAGAGCACCGACCUUGGUGCGGGAACCGCUGUUUGAAGAGGCAGCGACCACGCAAGAACAGCCGGCUCAUGGCCAGCCAGAACAAAUCCAGCAAGCGGCAGGCUCUGAGAAGCACACCGAGACGGCCGAGUCUCAGGAAAGCGACUCCUCAAUGACCCCCUCCAAAUCGACAGGUGAACCACAAGCGGUGCGAAUCCAGAGCGGUCCAGACGAGACAGGCACAUAUCCCAAUGGCUACCGCUUCCCCAAGAAACAUACCUGGGUCCAAUCCACCAUGAUUGGUCUCCGCGCAUUUUGGAAAUUCUUCCUCACCCCCUUUGGCUUUAUUGUCACCAUCUACGGUCUCAACAUUGUCGCUUGGGGCGCCAUGAUAUUUUUCGUCCUCCUCAAAGCUGCCCCGGCCAUGUGUCAUCCUUCUUGCAACGACGACAGCAGCGCACGAGAGAAAUGGAUCGAAAUCGAUUCCCAGAUCCUCAACGGCCUCUUCUGUGUUACCGCCUUUGGACUGUUACCGUGGCGAGCACGAGAUUGGUUUUACCUCAUGCGCUGGCGCAUCGGAGGGAAUGAACGCUUCCACCGACGUCUCGCAGGCAUAUAUCGAGGCUGGUACCGUCUUCCCGGCUCCGAUAAGCUCGAAGAACACAUCGGCCCUCCUCCUGUGUACGACAAAAAUCACCCACGAACUCCGGAAGCUCCUCCCCCUUACACUGAAGAAGAAAUUGCAAAAAUGGAAGAGAACCCUGCCAUCCCUAUCCCUGCAACAUCCAUGCCCGAGCCACCCCUUACAGGCAUCCGCGCUCGUCCAUCGAAAUCUUGGACCAUCGACUUCGUGGUGUGGAUGUACAUUUUCAACACCUUUUUCCAAGUCCUCCUAUGCGUCUGGAUGUGGCAUUGGAACCGGUUCAAUCGACCCUCGUGGGGUACGGGUGUUUGGAUCACUUUCGGUUGUCUAGUCGCUAUCGCCGCGGGCCUGUGCGUCUUCAUUGAGGGCUCAAAAGUAAAGAAGAUUGAAGGUAUUCCAGUGCAGGAAUACGAUGUGCUUGAAUCGAUCGAAGAUUAUCACGAUAGAAAGGCCAAAGAGGAUGCGAAACAAGCCAAGAAGAUGGCCAGGCACGAGCACCAUCGCCACUUCAGGCACGGAGAGAGCCACAAGGUGGUCAGAUCGGAGAAGUUGAAGGGCCAUCAGUGGUUCACCCGGCAUUAG